GCAGACCACAUGCUCAAUCUGAAAAGCAACCAGCGAGCGGCUUCCCACCCCAUACAGUCCCCCGCUGGGCCAAGCUGUGGUUGAAGUGGCUAUCACCAAAUAGCAGGUACGUUCCCUUCUCUCCCCGCUCCGAUAUAUUUCUUUCGGCUCCCUUUGUUCACUCCAGAACUUUGCCUGAUGCCCGUCACGCCGCGAGGGAGUGGCGGCCGGCUCGCAGCCACCAGCCGGGCCCGGGGAGGCCAACGGGAGCCGCAGGGUGAGCGCAGGGCUGGACACAGAGCCACGCACGGCUCCCGCUCACCGCUCCCCUUCGCCGGGUCUGGAGCCAGCAACGUCCCUACGUCUGGCUGCUCGGGGAGAUGAGACAGCGAGAAUGCUUCCUCUACGACAUAUAAACAGGCAGAUCCUCACCUCUUUUUUUUUUUUUUUUUUCCUUUUCUUUCUUUCUUUAUUUUUUUUUCUCUGAGCUGCUCUCACCGGCGGAAAAGAUAUCACGGGAAAACAACCCCGGCCGCGACGCGCGCGUGGGGAGGAGACGCGGGGAAGCGCUACAGGGCAGCGGCGCGGCUGCAGCGAGGCGGGAUGCGGGAGCCGCGCACGGAGGAGCACGGCACGGUCCCGCAGGCACCGGGAUGCCUUCCGCGCGCCCGCUCCGCUCCCGCCUCUCGCACCGCGGCCGCGCGACGGGCGGAGGACGGCGGGGGCGGCUGCCGUCCUCCGCCGGCACCGCCUCACCGCCGCCCCCCGCGCCGGGCCCGGCAGCGGCAGUGGCACGGCGGGUCCCCGCGCUCCCGGGACCGGGGUUGGGGGUGGGGGGGCCGCCGCCAGCCCCCGCCCCCGGCGCUCCGCAGUCCUGAAAGGGCCCUUUGUGGCCGACCGAGCCCCAGAGCACGGGGCAUGGGGGAUGGGGGGAGCGGACGGUGCCGGUAACCGGCGGGAGCCCCACAGCAACCCCGCCGCUCGGCUGCACAAAGAAAGCGACCGCGCCGCGGCAUCCCCCCCGCAUCCCCGCCUCCCCCGGGCGGUGGCUCGGCCCCGCGGUACCUGUGCGGCGCAGCGCGGGGCCGGCUCUCACAUCUCCUCGCCCUUCUCGCCGGUGGCUCUCCGCUGCGCACCGCCGGCGGGCACAGCCCCAGCAGGGCGCGGGGCUGCCACGGGCGCUGCCUCCGCUCCGCGCUGACUGCGCUGCGCUGCGCACCCCGCGCGGCUGCUGACAGAUGGCGCAACCGCAGCGCCGCCACCGCUCCGAGCUGCCGCCACCGCCGCCGCCGCCUCCCCCCGCCCUCCAACCCGCCGCGCCCCACCGCGGGGGCGGCCCCAGAUUGGCAGCGCCGUCGGCCUGUGGCGAAGCGCGGUCGGCAGCCGCCGCCGCUCUGAUUGGAUGGCGGCGGAGGGAGGCGGGGCGAGGGGGGGGGCGCGCCUCAGCUGCCGCUCGGCGGGGCGGGGAGGGCAGCGCCGCGCCGCCAUCGCCCCCCGGCUCGGGGCUACGGCGGCCGCCUCGGGUGGGAGCCGGCGGAAGGGUUGGGGGCGAGGCGAGAUUCUCUCAGUUGGCAGCAGCGGGCUGUAAGGAAGCGGCAGGAACGCACCGUGCCGUCCCCGAGUCGCGGCACGCCCUGCCCGUAGGAGGGAAAGGCCGCCCGCCGCUGCGUUCCCUCCGUCCGCAGCGGUACCGGCAAUUGUCGGUGCUUCAGCCUCGGGCUGCUCCCGGAGCCCGGCCCCGUGUCACCUCGGAUGCUCCCGUCUGGCAGACCGGCACAUCUCGCCGCCACCGAUCUCCCGGCUCUGGAAGGCAGUUUUGCUUUAGCGCUGAAGGAAUCGUAUCUUAGGCUUCAGCAAAAGCAGGAGAGACGUGAUUCUUUCUCAUGAAACAAGUCGAAAUAAUACGUGCGCCCAGUAAAAAAAGGUUUACGAGUA